UUUAGUCAUGGAAGAGGCUUUGCUGCUGCCAGAAAAGAGGGAAAAUUAUUUGAGGAUUACAACAUAUGGGCUUCCUUUUUGGAAGCAUUGAAGAAGGUGAGCUACAUAGCUAUACCUAUGGUAUUGGCCACUGUUUCACAACACCUUGUAAGAGUUUUGUCAAUGAUGAUGAUUGGACAUCUGGGUGAACUUUCACUGUCUGGAGCUUCUGUUGCUACCUCUCUCACCAAUGUUACUGGCUUCAGUGUCAUUUUGGGAAUGUAUAGUGGCUUAGAAACACUUUGUGGGCUAGCUUAUGGAGCUGAACAAUUCAAGAAAUUAGGCAUUUACACUACUGGAGCUAUUAUAUCUCUCCUUUGGUCUGCAUACCAAUAUCUAUACUAUGGUCAUUUGUUGACAAAAGUUCUUAUUUUCAUGCAUCAAGAUCCUUUGAUCUCCACAGAAGCAGGAAAAUAUUCAAUCUGGCUAUUAGUUUCACUCUUCCCUUUCGCGAUUAUGCAAGCACUUGUAUGAUACUUGCAGACUCAGCUUGAUUCUUCCAAUGGUUCUUAGCUCUAUCGCAACACUAUGUUUUCAUGUGCCAGUUUGUUGGU